UUUGCUGGUGGCCACUGAAGUAAAGAUGGCGGCGGCCGAGACCGAUCGUGAUGCACCGUCCGCUCUGUGUAGCGAAUUCCUCAAUUUCUCCGCUAAGGACACCGCUGCGAAAUGGCUACAGGUGAGCAACCUGCCCAAAGAGGUGUACCAGCACUUGGCCUGCUACGUCCCCAAGAUCUACUGCCUGGGUCCCAACCUCAACCCUCAGAACGAGGACCUGCUGGCUCAGCUGCUGCUUCAGGGCCCGCUGGAGUGGUAUCUGUGUGGGGAAGAGCCGUCCGUGGGCUUGUCCAAACUCGAACAGAGCAACCAGCCGUCACAACUUUGUGGCCAUGUGUUUAAAGUGGGAGAGCCAACAUACUCCUGCAGGGAGUGUGCAGCCGAUCCGACCUGUGUGCUGUGUAUGCAGUGCUUCUUAGGCAGCGUCCACAAAGAGCAUCGCUACAGGAUGACCACCUCAGGAGGAGGAGGCUUCUGUGACUGUGGAGACACAGAGGCCUGGAAGAAGGGUCCUUACUGUCAGAAACACGAGCCUAAUAUCAGUGACUCCUCCCAAAAGGAUCCGUUGGCGAAUCUGUCUGCUGAGAUGAUCGCUCGCACAUAUAAUGUUUUCUCCAUCAUCCUCAAAUAUGCAGUGGACAUGCUCACCUGGGACAAAGAGGAUGAGCUGCCUGAAGGCCUCGAGCCACCGGCGCGUGGAGAUAUGUACUACUGUAUGCUGUUCAACGAUGAGGUCCACACGUAUGAGCAGGUCAUCUAUACACUACAGAAAGCUGUGAACUGCACCCAGAAAGAAGCCGUCAGUUUCGCCACAACCGUGGACAGAGAUGGCAGGAAGUCUGUUCGCUUUGGGGACUUCCAGUUUUGCGAGCAGGCCAAAUCUGUUAUUGUGAGAAACACGAGUCGGCAGACGAAGCCUCUACGGGUUCAGGUCAUGCACUCUUCUAUAGUGGCUCAUCAGUGUUUUGCACUCAAAUCUCUCAACUGGCUUGGUCAAAUCAUCAGAUACUCAGAUGCUCUAAGAAGGAUCUUGUGUCAGGUGGGUCUGCAGAGAGGGCCGGAGGGAGAAAACUCUUCUCUAGUGGACAGACUCAUGCUCUGUGACUCCAAGAUGUGGAAAGGAGCGAGAAAUGUUUACCAUCAGCUCUUUAUGAGCAGUCUACUCAUGGAUCCGAAGUACAAGAAACUUUUCGCUAUCCAGUUUGCGAGGAACUAUGAGUGCUUGCAGAGCGACUAUGUGAAGGACGACCACGACAGGGAGUUCUCCGUCACUGAUCUUUCUGUGCAAAUGUUCACCGUGCCUUCUCUGGCGCGGAUGCUGAUCACAGAUGAGAACCUGAUGACCACAAUCAUCCGCACGUUUGUGGAUCACCUCAGACACCGAGACCUGCAGGGCCGCUUCCAGUUCGAACGCUACACCGCACAACAGGCCUUCAAAUUCCGCCGAGUCCAGAGCCUUAUAGGAGACCUCAAGUAUGUCCUGAUCAGCCGUCCAACAGAGUGGACCGACCAACUCAGGGAGAAGUAUCUGGAAGGUUUUGAUGCUUUCUUGGAGUUGCUUAAAUGCAUGCAGGGAAUGGACCCAGUAGUUCGCCAGGUGGGGCAACACAUCGAGAUGGAGCCAGAAUGGGAGGCAGCGUUUACCUUACAGAUGAAGCUCACACAUAUCAUCUCCAUGAUGCAGGAGUGGUGUGCCAGUGACGAGAGAGUGCUGAUUGAAGCGUAUAAGAAGAGCCUGAGUGCACUGACUCACUGCCACAGCGGUUUCACAGACGGAGAGCAGCCCAUAACCCUCAGCAUGUGCGGUCACUCCGUUGACACCAUCCGCUACUGCGUCUCUCAGGAGAAAGUCAGCAUACACCUGCCUGUGUCCCGGCUUCUAGCAGGUUUACAUGCUCUGCUGAGCAAAAUUGAGGUUGCCUAUCGAUUCCCCGAGCAGCUUCCUCUGAGCGAACUAAGUCCACCCAUGUUGAUCGAACACCCGCUACGCUGCCUUGUACUCUGUGCCCAGGUGCAUGCCGGGAUGUGGAGAAGAAAUGGCUUCUCUUUGGUUAAUCAGAUAUAUUAUUAUCACAAUGUGAAGUGUAGAGUGGAGAUGUUUGAUAAAGACCUCAUCAUGCUUCAGGCUGGAGCGUCUAUGAUGGAUCCAAACCACUUCCUGAUGAUCAUGUUGAGUCGUUUUGAGCUCUAUCAUAUCUUCAGCUCAGCAGACUGCAGAAAGAGAUACAGCCGAGAGAACGCAAAUAAGGAUGUGGUUCAGCAAAAUAACACGCUAAUAGAGGAAAUGCUGCACUUGAUCAUUAUGAUCGUGGGUGAGCGCUACACAGCAGGUGUUGGUCAGGUGGAGAACACGGAUGAGAUCAGACGAGAGAUCGUUCACCAGCUCUGCAUUCGACCCAUGGCCCACAGCGAGCUGGUCAAAGCACUGCCUGAGAAUGAGAACAAGGAGACAGGAAUGGAGAGGGUUAUCGAUAGUGUGGCUUUGUUUAAGAAGCCUGGCGUGACGGGUAGAGGACUCUAUAAACUCAGACCAGAGUGUGCCAAGAUGUUCAAUCUUUACUUCCACCAUUACUCCAGAGCAGACCAGUCUAAGGCUGAAGAGGCUCAAAGAAAAUUAAAGAGGCAAAACGGGGAAGAUUCAGUUCUGCCUCCUCCAGUUCUGCCUCGCUUCUGUCCGCUGUUUGCCAGUCUGGUGAACAUCCUACAGUGUGACGUGCUGCUGGGCAUUCUGGGAGCUGUUCUGCAGUGGGCAAUGGAGCCUAGUGGAGGACACUGGUCUGAGUCCAUGCUUCAGAGGGUGCUGCAUCUCAUAGGCAUGGGGCUGGUGGAGGAACAGCAGCAUCUCAUCAGCAGCGCAGAAGAUCAUAAUGAUACCAACUUCAACUUCACUCUCAAAAUCUCCAGACCCGGCGAGGCUCCCGCUAACACUGCCAGCAUCUUGGCUUUACUGGAGACGCUGCAGAACGCUCCUCAUCUGGAGGUGCACAAGGACAUGAUCCGCUGGAUCCUCAAGACUGUGUCCAACAUCAAGACCACGCGUGAGUGCACUGCCAGUGCGCCCCCCAGUGACAGCUCAGGGCACAGUCAAGAGGAGACGGUGCGGGAUAAGGAAAAGGCGGAGCGGAAGAGGAAAGCGGAGAUGGCGCGGCUCAGGAGAGAGAAAAUCAUGGCUCAGAUGUCAGAGAUGCAGAGACACUUCAUCAACGAGAACAAAGAGUUGUUCCAGCAGAGCCUGGAGGACCUGGACCCCUCCACAUCCUCCACGCUGGAGCACAGGUACACACGUGUGAAUCUAACUCCGUUUUCACAUGCCGGCUUAAAUAAAACAAGUUACAUUAUCAUGUCUUUUGUCACAGAGAGAUUACUGGUAGAUGAAGAGAAGCCUUUGUUUGGAAGUUUACCAUGCAGACAGGACGACUGUUUGAGUUCUCUGACGCGGUUUGGCUCCGCCUGCUGGACUGUCUCCUGUCAUACCACUGUACAGAAUCACUUCAUCAGGCUCUUAGCAGCUCUCGUUCCUGAUCCCCGGGUGGAGAAUACCCCUUGUAUUCUGGAUGUAGACAUGUUUCACUUGCUGGUGAGUUUGGUGCUGUCCUAUCCAGCGGUUCUCUGUCUGGAUUCCUCAGGGCUCAGUGCAGAUGCUGCACAACUACACUUCUUGCACCUGAUCACGGUCGCUCACGUUGUCCAGAUCCUCCUGACCUCUUUACCAGAGGAGGUGCGGAUGGAGCAGGAGACUGGAGGAGCGGAGCGAGAAGAGGAAGAGAGUGUGUGUUUGCUCUACAACACUCUUAGGAGUCUUCUGGGCCGUGGCUUGCGCGAGGUGAGCUCAGGCUGGCAUCUGUGGCACUGUGUGAAAGCUGGAAUCCUGCCUUAUCUGAGGGCCGCUGCUCUCUUCUUCCACUAUCUCAGCGGAGCUCCAGCACCACCGGAGUUGCACGCUCUAGGUGCGGGUGAAUGGGAGGCUCUGUGUGGAUACCUGUGUCUGCCUUCCAACCUGCUACAGCUCUACUUCAACAAUCUAGACAUCAUGGAGCCUCUGUUGCAAGGGUGGUGUUCUCAUCCAGCUCUUCAGGCCCUUCAGAGCAGCGUGACUCUCAUCAGGUUUCCCAGAGAGUCCAAUCAUCUCAUCGAUCUGCCGGGCGACUACAGCGCCUUGAUCAACCAGGCCUCCAGCUUCACGUGUCCUAAAUCUGGAGGAGAUAAGUCUCGCGUUCCUACUCUGUGUCUGGUGUGCGGUGCCAUGCUCUGCUCUCAGAGCUACUGCUGUCAGACGGAGCUGGAGGGAGAAGACGUGGGGGCCUGUACCGCACACACUUUCACCUGCGGAGCCGGAGUCGGCAUCUUCCUCAGGGUGAGGGAAAGUCAGGUCCUGUUCCUGGCUGGCAAAACUAAGGGCUGUUUUUAUGCUCCCCCAUACCUGGAUGACUAUGGGGAAACAGACCAAGGGCUAAGACGGGGGAACCCAUUACACUUGUGCCAUGAGCGCUACAGAAAGAUCCAGAAGCUGUGGCGUCAGCACAGCAUCACAGAGGAGAUCGGCCACGCUCAGGAGGCCAAUCAGACUUUGGUGGGCAUCGACUGGCAGCAUCUGUGAACUUGCAUUUCUCACAUUUACACACAAAGGGGACCCGCACAGCAGGGCCAGAGGCUCCACGCCGUGUCUCUCGCUCUUCCUCCACCCCUUUCUCCAUCUUUCUGACAGUGGACGAAUGCAUGACGUUUUUUUUCUUUUCGUCUUUUGAGAGACGUCUCCAUUUUUUUCUUUUGAAUAUGAAAUAAAUACAUAUUUAAAAAGACAUAUAGCCAAGGUAUUGAACCGCAACCAAUAAGGCUUCCUUAUUUGCAACAGAUAUUCUUCAUAGGAAUGAUAUUUAAUUUCUUCUCCAAGUAAUAUUAAAUUAUUUUCGAGGUGUUUUUCGCUCCAAUAUAUAGGUUUCUUCGCAAGACACUACUCUUUUCGCUUUGGGAGAGCUGUCCUUCAAGUAAGCACAAAUAUCCCUCAAAGCCCAGGCAGGGAUAGCGCCACCUGUAGGAUACACGCCGCGUUCUCUUUGCCCCCUUCAUCUCAAAUGCUGCAAUACAUUAUGAGUUAAGGCCACCUAAUUAAUGUGCUCAGCCAUCGCACAUGUCCUUUGAAUGCUUGGUUUCUGUUUGUCUGGGUCGUGUAUGAGUGAGUUUUUACGUGCAGGUGUUUAGUUGGUAUGUUUGUUAUACGAUGGUUUUCUAAGGUGGUCUGUUUUUUACGACUGUUGUUGUUGUUGUUGUGUUGUUGUGAAGCUUAUUUAUGUGUUUCUCGUGGAUGUUUGUUGUGUUCAACUCAAAUUUAAGGAGUCAUGCUUUCCACAAAUUUGAACAUGAUUUCCACUCUUAAACAUGAUUUUGACGUGUGCCGUGUGGAUUUUUUUUUUUUGGAGCAGUAAUGAAUGCAGAUUUGCAUAUCCUUAAGUUUUGGUCUCCUUUUUUUCUUUAUAGUGGCCUUGGCCUGAAUAUUUAGUCCAAACGAAAGCAUAAACAUACAGAUAUGCUGCUUUCAGAUACAAGUUUUCAUGCCUCGCGCAAUUCAGAUGAAAGGCCCCUUGUUUCUAAUGCGGUGAGCAUUCUCCCUGAGACAUUUCCAGUGGCUGCAGCAGCUUAUUACUUCACAAACUGACUUGUUAAUAUGUGAAUUCUUGUAUAAAUGGGUACAUUGUACUAUAUUGUAAAACAUUAAUGAAAUAAAAAAGACAAAAAGAC